UUUGUGUUGACGGAUUAGUAAAGCCAAAGCUUAACCUCCUGAAGCGAAGCGUUUGUUUUUAUCAAUUUUCGUUUGUUUCCACGCUUGUAAAAAUACCUAAUAACAUAACAAUGGGUAAAAAACGACCAGCCCCGUCUUCUGCUGCGGAUGACUUCAAAUUGGUUGACAUCAAAAACGAAAUAGUCGGAGAUUCCACAAUCGGCAUGGCGCGGGAUCGGUUCAAGGGCGCUUUAAGAGAACUGCUGCAUCACAGCGAUGAACACAAUUCAUCGGCAGAUUCUUCAGAUGAUACACCUAUGCCGGAGUUCAAAGCAACGCCCAAGAAAAUUCAUACCCCAUCGAAACCUAAAAUACUUAAUUGUGGCUUGCCACACAGAAGAACACCUAUGAAGAGGCGCAGACCAACAUUCCUGGAAUCAGCAUUCCACCAUACUUAUGUCAUGAAAUUAUUUGACAGGAGUGUAGAUCUUGCACAGUUUGAAGAAGAUACUCCUCUUUAUCCAAUUUGCAGAGCUUGGAUGGCCAAUCAACCUAGAAAUCCCAAUUUCGCUCCUAAAGCUAGGAGUCCAAGUCCAGAUGUAGAAAGAGAAAUAAUUGAUUCUACAAACAUCUACAAAGAAGGUAGUAAUGAAAUCAGAGAUGUUAUGUAUUUGCCACCACCUGCGCCAAACUAUGAAGGCUAUCCAAUGUGUAAAAUCCCUUUUCCUGUACGAGGAAUAAAAGAUGUCCUGGAUCUAGAUUAUGAAAAUAAAACUUUAAAGACUAAGGAAGUCCUAAUGAGUGAACAUACUGAUCAUUGGCGUAGAGUGAAGAAAUCAUUUGUAAAACAAGCAUUUGAAAAUGAAAAAAGAUACAGAGAAAGUUCAGCAGUCUUAGAUAUUAUUUUCAAAAGGUCUAGUUUAUUAAAUCUAGAAAAUCAAAAUUUUCUGGAAGAUGCAUAAUAAUUGUGAAUAAUUUUAUAUUUCAGAGCGCUUGCUGAGUUUGAAGCCAGUGUCUCAUAAAACAAAGAAUAAUUUUUAAAUUAAUUUUUUAAAAUAAAUGAUAUCUAUCUAUAUAGUAUAAAAAAUAAUCAAUUUAAUAUAUAGCCUUUAGAAUUAUAUAUUCUCACUGUAAAAAUAUAUGUACAAGAAUACUUGAAGAAUACAUAAGGAAUAGUUUUAGUGACAUUCAUAGCAAUAAAAUAUAAGUAUUAUAAUUAAUUUGCAUGGCGUAAGCUUUGUUUUUGAGAGAUAAUUGCCGGCAAUACGAUGAAUUUGUAUAAAUAGUGAAGAUUUUAAGAUUCACGCUUGCAUUCAAACUGAAUAUAUAAUUUAUAUAAAAAGGUAGCUACAUAAUAAAUAACAUAAGUUAAA